AUGCCGAAGCAACCAGUAAUCAAGAAAAUUCCUUCGAAGAACAAAGACGGCUCAGACCGCAAGUCUCCUUCCUCUAUUUUCGGUCCGCACGCAAUCACAAGAUACCUCCGCAUUCCACAAACCGGCAAUAUCACCGGUGUGGAGCAUACGGUGUUCCUUCCUGAGCUACUCCGAACUCCUGGCGUCCUUUAUCGCUUCAUUCAGAACGGCGCUGAUGCUCAAACUUUGGCCAGGAUCUCUGCAUGGUUUCGAGCCACGGUGAAAGAUCACCACACUCCCGCGACGGCUGCCAACGCCAUGCGUCACAUCACUCAAGCGACAAUGCGUGAUUAUCUUCAAGAAGAGAAGUGGACCGAGACUCGCCACAAGGCUGGUCGGUACAAGAAACCUGGGCAGGCUUGGGACCACGAGAACUUGACAUUCGUCGGCGUCCAGAAUUACUGCGAGGAUAACACUAGGGAGGGCCGUCACAAGCGACCGCCUGUUCCCAAUGUCCGUUUUGCGUUGCUAGCGAUUGAUGUCGUGGUCUUCCCCUCUGGCGACGACGAGCUAGAUCUGACCCGAUAUGUCAAGGCAGCUGCCGCUAACGAGGACUUGGCUCUAAUGUUUCCACGCGACUAUGGCUUCCUCACGCGGCUCUUAGGUGGUCCCCAGUCUGUGAACCCCGAUCAUCGAGACCGCGAACUCUUUAACCGCUGGAGGCAGGUCAGCUGGGUCGAGACGCCUUCUGAGCACCAGGCCAAUACUUCCCAGGAAACUAGCUACUAUAAGUUCACAGCGGCGCAGAAGGCGGCGACCGAAAAGUAUCUUCAGAAACAUGCUCUUACUGAGCAAUCUGCUCUUGAUGCUGCCAAUGACCCUGUGGAUAUGCCAAUUCAAGAUCCUCAUGACUUCGACAUUCCCUCCGCCAAUAGCAAUCAGUCGCCCAAUAACUCUCUUCUAAUCGCCCUGCCUAUAAACAAUUCCGCCGUCGAAUUGGCGCGCAUCUUGUCUGAGAUGGAUGAGAAUGACAUGGACAUGCUGUAUGUCAAGUGGCUCGUCGCUCACGGAACUUCUUAUUUUGAAAUCCGUAAAGAGAUGACGACUACCUCUGAAGUCGUGCGUCGUUAUCUCGAGCAUAAUCGCAGUAUUCAUGGCCAACUACCGCCUAUUUCAAAUGAAGCCUCUGUCAUGAUGCCUUCUUCUGGCGCUCUCAGCAAUGAGAUUAUCGCUGCUAGCUAUGGAUCAUGGCCUUCGUCUCCGACGAAUUGGCAUGUCACUCACUACGACCACCCUGCUACGUCUUUUGGAGUUAAUCAGGUUGAUACUGAGAUGCUGAAGUCUUCUAGCCAUGAGAUUCCUGGUUAUAUCGGCCCAAAACACGGUAUGAGGUCUCCUCGAGUUGGCUCGGAACACGCCAACUUUGACUCAUUGGAUGAUGUCAGUUGCGCUUUCGCACAAGACACACUUUGA